AUGACACAGAAAGAUUAUCAAAAGAGCGAGACGACCAUAUAUGACACGAUGGCAGCAGACGAGGAGCUUGCUGCGAAUGCUGGAGGUGAAAACAUGGCCGUCUACUCAGACGAACGUGAAGUAGCCAUCGGAUUUGCGUCUUUUCUUGCCGCGUGUAGGAUUGGAGCCGUCAAAGGGCGGCUUCGCUCUGCAACAAGCAGCUAG